UCUGCUUUGACCGAGGUGACGAACUCUUGGUCAAAGUCGUUUCCUUUUGCUGUCUUCACAAGUAUCAACACGUCGUUAGCCACAGUGCGUUAUUUCAUAAACGAGCUAAGUCAUAACUCAGUUAUGAUGGUCUUCGGGAUUUGCAAGAUUGUGGCUGUGCUGAUCAUCUCUCUCUGGAUUGGGGCGCCGAACGGCGACGCGUCGCGGGCGGUGCGUCGCGCUUCCCAGUGCUCCGAGGAGUGCCCGGCGUGCCCGGUGUGCGCGGAGGUCAGCUGCCCCGGCGCGCCCUCGAGGGUCUUGCCCCCCGGCUACAGGAACCUGACGGCGGCCGGGCUGGGCUUGUACAAGGUGCACUGGGAGUGGCUCACGUGGUUCGGCGCCAAGGCGGCGUGCGAGCGCGAGGGCGGGGACCUCGCAGAAGCUACAAUGAUUCAAACGUUCAUGAACAGCUACAGUGGUAUCAAUUACUUUCACGUUGGUUUUCUUGACGUGACUGCUGACGGAACCUACAUAACAGUCUUAGGUGAACCCUUGUCGAUCUCUGGGUAUAACGUCUGGGCAUCAGGAGAACCAAGUCAAGUUGGAAGAGAGAACUGCGGGGCGCUUCAUAAAGUCAAUGGCCUGAGUGAUGUUCUCUGCAAACGAGAACUUCCUUUCGUCUGUGAACUCCCUCAAUGAAACAUUUCUUGGAAGUUUAUUUCAAGGAAUUUAAUGUGCCAAGGGAACACUGAAUAUUAACAAAAUGUAUGAGGAAUAAACCUGCAUCGUGAAAUUUAAUAUCUUGGAAGUUUCAUUUCUACGAGCUGCAUCCAACCACCGGUAUUCAACCAGUGGCACUUCGCCUACUCUCUGGAUCUGCUUCUGAGAAGAGUGAAGAGCGACGUUCAUGCGUUCACCUUGGUAAGUCCAAGGUGAAAGCUGUUCUCGAGAUGUUUUUUGUGAAUAUGAAAAACCGUACUCACGUUCACUCGUUUUUAAUGACGAAAAUUGAAGUACUAAUUUUAGGAAUCAAAUAUGGUUCAGAUAGCAAAUGUAAAAAAAAUGUUCUGAAACAAUCCUCAAGAAUGUAAGUUGCGAACAAAUAAUGCUAAUUUUUUUAAAGAAAAGCCUUCAUUCAGAGAUAUUUUUACUGACGACGAGUACUUAUUGACACGAUUUCUUGGCUACGACUACUUGAAAUACAAUAUAACUUAAUGGGAUAUAAAAAAAAGUUUAUAAAGACGAGUAACAACUACGAAAACUUGAGUGAGUGCUAGGAUGGUGGCGCCUCUGAGCGACGAGCGCACAGUACUAAGAGUCGCGGGCGCAGAAAACAGGCUGCAGUCACCACUCGCGCACUACCUGUUGGCAGCUCGGCGUACUAUUUGACGUCGCGUGACGCGUGGGUGGUUUGGAAAGAUCCACCAGACGGCGCCUCCAGUUUCGGUUGGGGGCAGCCAACAGAAAUGUGGGGUAGGCAAACGGUCCACACUUAAUGCACAGUAUGGUGGCGUUGACGGCUGUUUGUACCGCCAAGUUUUGAAACGAAGGUUUUGAACACGUCCCGCAAUAUUCAAAGGAACGUAUAUCUGAAUGAAUUGCAUUGCGGGUCUCGUUUUCUCACUGUUUCAUUUUGUUACGUUUGGAGUGGAGGGAAUAAUACAGUAUUCUUCGCAAGGGCUACAUUCGCAACAAAUUGUAUUUAACACAUAACGAACAAUUAUUAUUUUGUAAAAAACAUCUUGGAACCUGUGAUACAAUAUAGUUCACAGAUUAGUAUUUUCUUAGAAACAUUCCAUUAUUGCAAUGAAUCACUGUUGCAAUGUAUAACUGUAUACAAUUUGAUCAUUAAAAAGAAG